AUGGGUCUCAUCAAAACCGGUAUCCAACUCGCCGGUGCCUACGGCCUCCUCCGCGCAGGAUCCAAGGCUGCCAAUGACUUUCAAGAGAAGAAGCAAUCCAAGCAAGACAACCAGGGUCAUCAAUGCUCCUGCUGCCAUCACCACCAGCAACCUCCCUACCCACAACAAUUCCCUCCUCACCAACAAGCUCCCCUCCAACAAGUCCCACACCACGAGUACGGAUAUAACAACCCACAGAUGUACCCUCCUCAGGGUGCCCCUCAGUAUGCGAACAAUGGACCCCAUUAUGCCAACCCCGGUCCGCAAUAUCAGCAUCCUCCGGUCCACUACGAGGGGCACGCGCCGGUACGGCGGUCCGAGCAGCAGCAGCAGCAGGGUCAUCAGCACCCUGAGUGGCGAUAG